GCGAAGAUGGCCGCCCCGUUCGGUAACGAGGUGAAGUGCGUCAGCGUGGAGUGGGACUUCCUGCAGGGGCUCCUGGUCAAGAACCAGCCCGUGCCCUGCCUGCAGGCGCUGAGGAAGGAGAAGUCGCGCAACGCGGCGCGGUCGCGGCGCGGGAAGGAGAACUUCGAGUUCUACGAGCUGGCCAAGAUGCUGCCCCUGCCCGGCGCCAUCACCAGCCAGCUGGACAAGGCCUCCAUCGUGCGCCUCACCAUCAGCUACCUCAAGAUGCGCGACUUUGCCACCCACGGCCAGCCCCCCUGGGCGCUGCAGGCCGAGAACGCCGCCCCCGCCGGCAAAGGGCUGGGGGCUCCGGGCAGGAGGAACAUGGCCGUGCUGCUGACUGAGCUCUUCGAACAACACCUGGGGGGCCACAUCCUGCAGUCGCUGGACGGGUUCGUGUUCGCCCUGAACCAGGAGGGGAAGUUCCUCUACAUCUCGGAGACCGUGUCCAUCUACCUGGGGCUCUCGCAGGUGGAGCUGACGGGCAGCAGCAUCUUCGACUACAUCCACCCCGGGGACCACCCCGAGGUCGCCAAGCAGCUGGGGCUGAAGGUGCCGGGUGAGGCCAGCAGCCUCCCGCCGGGCACCCAGAAGCCCCCCAGCCUGGCCGGGCCCAACGGAGCCGGCUCCACCUCCCUGCUCCCGGCGCCCGAGCCCGGUAAGCCGCAUGUCCCCUCCAUGCUGGGCAGGGAACCUGGGUGCCGCCCCGAGCGUGACGCCCUGGCCCGGGCCUUCUUCAUCCGCAUGAAGUCCACCCUCACCAAGCGGGGUCUGCACGUCAAGACGUCCGGCUACAAGGUGAUCCACGUGACGGGGCGCCUGCCCCCGCGCCUGCCCGCCUUCGCCCACGGCCCGGGGGCGCGGGGCCGGCUGAUGGGGCUGGUGGCACUGGCCCACACGCUGCCCCCAUCCACGCUCAGCGAGGUGCGCAUCGAGUGCCACAUGUUCGUCUUCCGCGUCAACCUGGACCUGCAGAUCGUCUACUGCGAGAGCCGGGUCAGUGACUACAUGGACCUUUGCCCCUCGGAGCUGGUGGGGAAGAGCUGCUACCAGUUCAUCCACGGCGAGGACGUGGAGGGGAUCCGCCAGAGCCACCUGGACCUGCUGAACAAGGGGCAGGUGGUGACCCGAUACUACCGCUGGCUGCAGAAGAACGGGGGCUUCGUCUGGAUCCAGUCGUGCGCCACCAUCUCGGUGAACGUCAAGAACCCGAGCGAGAGGAACAUGGUCUGGGUUAAUUACAUCCUCAGCAAGCCCGAGGGCAAGAACACAGCGCUGGACAUCUUCCAGUUACCAGCGGCUCCGGCACCAGAGGCCGAUGCCUGCGACCUGGAACCCGAGUUCCCAGAAAGCGAGCGGGGCUCAGACAGCAAGCAGGGGAAGCACUACCUGUUCAAACAGGUCGGGACCUCGGGUAAGAGCGUGGGGGACGACGGAGCUCGCCGUUCUGUGCAGGAGACCCCGGCCAGCAGCCUGGAGCCGGGCUACAAGGACGAAGAGUCGUCCGGGGAGGCUGGGCUGAGCGACGGGGAGAGCAGGUGCCGGGGACCCCGCAGCAAACGGAUCAAGCUGGAGUUCCAACCCGAGAGCCCCUCGCGGGAGGUGGAGGCGGCUUCGCUGCUUAGCACGGAGGAGUCCGAGAGUGGGAGCGAUGAGGAGGCUCGGCCUGGGGCUCGGGCAGGUGCCAGGAAGGCGGCUGGGUCUCUGGCGGGCGCGCAGGGCCGGCUCAGCACCUCCGAGUUCACCUCCGUGAUCCAGACGCAGCAGCGCAGCAGAUCCCCUGGCUCUGGGGUGAAGACGGAGCGCGCCCAGGCCCCCAAGUAUAGCAAGGGACCCCCUUGGACCUAUCCUCUGGCCCAGGACACCCUGGCAGAGGGGGUCCCCUAUGCCGCGAGCAAAGCGCCGGGCCUGGAGAAGCCGCCCACGGCUCACCUGUACGUCUCCAUCCCAGAUGCGGUGCUCACCCCGCCGGAGAUGGACAGCAGCGGGGGCGUGGCCAAAGCAGCCUUCGGCUCCUCCCCCCGGGCCGUGCUGCCCACCCCCUCGGCCGACACACUGUCACCGCCUCUCUCGGGCUCGCCCUGCGAGGAUCGGGCCGCAUCCACACCCUCCUACCCUGGCGAGAUAGAGGCGCUGCCGCGGUACCACGCAGGCAACGUGGUGCUGCCACUGGUGGCUCCUCCGCUCGGCGGGCACGGCGCCGGCCCGGCCGGCUCCCAGAGCCUGUAUGCCACCAGCACCAUCCGCUACGCCCCAGCCGACGUGGCGCUGGCCGUGCCGGGCCACGUGCUGCCUGCUGCCCACGCCCUCAACUUCAUGGACCUUGGGGCGGCCGAGUCCAAGGCCUCAGUGGAACUCAUGUACCAUCACCUCCAGCGCCUCAACAUGGUGGCGCCCUUUGGGAACGCGGCCGGAGCCGCCGGCUUGGCGCAGCUCUCUGGGGUGGCGGGGAGCGUCUUUGCAGCCACCGAGUCCUUGUUCUCCGCGCUGCCCUUCUCCAUGGGGGGAGGUGGGAUCCACAGCACCGCCGCCUUGGAGCGCAAGGAGGACUGAGCCAAGAGCUGGGCCCGACGCUGGGCUGAGCUCUGCCCGAUGCUCGUCUCUGGGGUCCCGGCCCCGCCACAAGCCGUCCGAGGUGGAGACGGGAGAAGUCUUUGUUCUGGUUAUCAAUCCUUGUGUCUCUUCCCCCUUCCCCCCACUGCAGGUCAAUGUAGAAAACCCCCCGUUUGCCCUGCGGGUACGGCCACUGCUCCGUCCUUCCAUUGCUAGCCCACGCGGCUGCGGAGAAUCCAGGCAUCCCGCCUCUCCCUCUGACCACUAGUCCAAGCUGCUGCAGAGAUCGCGCUGCGGGAAGGGGAGGCAAGCUUUGUGGUUUAUCCCUUUAUUCCAGCCGGACCCUGGUGCAAUUCUGGAGCUAAUCCAGAUUUAUCCCAGCAUCAGGGAGGGCCAAAUCCAUGCCCAGGGAAAAGGGAACGAGGUGCCCUUAGACCAUCCCAGGCAGGUGCAACCUCCCUCCAUCACUGCUUUUCACGGAGCAUGGAAACAGGACGAUUUGCACUUGAUAGAGGGGCCACGGGCCCCUGCUGAUGUCAUGCCAUGGAAACCGGUGGAGUUUGGUGGUCUUUCACCAGCAGAAGCCUUGGCCAGGGAGCUUCCAUGUGCUGCUGAAACACGAAUCCUUCUCCUCUUUCCCACCCCUUUACUUCUAAAAGGCCUCCCUAGGCAGUGAGUAUGGUGAGGGAAGAGAUGAGUUAUACAAAGAGAGAGGGGAAGGAGCCCAGGGCCCCCUCCUGCCUCCUCUCUGUCUCAUCACCUCCCCAGGUCUCUCCCAGCACCACCGCCCCCCUGGGCUUCUCACUGCAACAAGUCCAAGCAAGGGGUCGCUAGCGACCCAUGGAGCAGUUCAGCUCCCAUGGAGAGCUCUACGGGCUUCAGCUUUGCUGUGUGGAGCAGGAGCUGCUCCGAUCCCCAGCAAAUCUCCUCUGCUUCCCCACACCGGGGGCAGAAGAAGUGGCAGAGAAAGCAGCAUCUCCCGCUCUGCUCCUCCGUGCUGUUCAUGAGCAGAUGAAUGGGAGCCAGGUACAGAAGAAAAGGGUCCGACUCUUCUCUUUGCCACGAUCUUUGCUCUGGGGGUGAUCUGGGGAACCCCGUGGCAUCUGGGAUGCAGCAUGCGUGGCUUUCACGUUGCAUUCUGCUUUUUGACCCCUUCAGACUGCAUCAGUGUUGGGCUAUGGAGGUGCUCAGCCCCCAAAUCUCUGUGGGCAUAGCAGAGGCUGGUCCUAGCUCCCUUGCUUCAGAGAGGCAGCAAAAUAGGUCCCUUGACUCAUGCCAGCUGCGAUAUCCAGGUCCUUUAACUACACAGAGUGGCUGGCUUGACUAGCUGGCCAGGUGCUCUCUACUUAUGAACAGAGCAAAGCCCAGGCCAUGCGGAGCUACACUUCUCCCAUGUCCCCCAUCGUGGGCCCCCCCCCCAUGGGAAGUAUGGCGUGUGUCCACAUGCCAAAAUAAAUGACCAUAUUUACUCAGAUAGCAUAUGCGCUUCCCCUGCCAAAAAGAAUCAGCCUCUCAAAAAUUGGCCGGGGGAGCGGGGGUGUCUGAAAUGGGGAAGGCAACUUUCUGCCCACAAUAGCAGCUGUGGCAUUUCUAUUCAGGCAGGAUUGAGUCAAUUGACUUCACAGCUUCUUAGACUCUGCUUGGUUCCUGCCAAUCGCUCACCACUCAACAAGAGUUAACGACCCACUCUCCUUUCCGAUAGCCUUGAUGUUCUACUAAUCAAGCUAGCCUCUUCGGCAAUUGCUCUGGACAAUUUACAAUUUAGCUCCUCCUGGUCUCUCUCCUGCUAUUUCACAGCCCUGCAGGCUGUUUUUACCUCUUUUCAAAACACUCAGUCUACCUGUGGAGUCCCAUCUUCAGCAGCAGCUAGGGUUUCAGUGUUUGGCUGAGCACCCAAUAAAACUAUGAAAGGGUCAAAACUAUAGCUGUUGUCUGAACAGGAAAGAGAGGGUGAGCUAAAGAUAAGGCUCUGCCCCUGCUCUAAGUAUCCAUAACUACCAAUAUCAUUUUAUCCCCCUUCAUUCAGCCUUCCUAAAAACAAAGCUGUGGAUCUCACUUGGGGGGUGGGGGUAUAUGAGAAAAUAUGGUAAUUUGUCAUCAAUCACUGCCUGCCAGAGUGCUGUUCGUUGUCAUCCUUAUGGAACUACUCUCUUCCCCCAGCGCUUCUCGCUCCUUUUGCAAAGGCAGCACUUGGAAGAAGCUCAUGCAUCAC